UGACGAAGUGACCGAUGAAACCGCAAAUGAAACAACAACCGAUGAAACUGAAUCAGUCACAGAGUCGACUGAUGAAACUGAAUCGACAGAUGAAACGGAAACCACAGAUGAAACUGAAACCACAUACGAGUCUAUAACUGAUGAAACUGUCACAGUUGCAACUACAGCUAAAGUGACUGGUGAUGAAAAUUUAAGAAUGGGAGAGGAAAUUGGUAAUAUAGUUUAUGAUGACGGCUCCAAGGUAGCCCUUAGACAGGGAAACGCGACUCGCUUCCCCCCAAUGAAAGGUGUUAAAACAUAUAAAGGUGAACCGUGCGAAAAAUAUGUAAAACCGUGCCCGAUUCUCUACUACCCUGUAUGCAUAUAUUACGAGAGGGAGAACCCGAAUAAUGUCACAUAUUUCUACUUUAUAAACAGCUGUGAAGCGCGUCAGUGGACUUGCUAUCAUCCUGAGCAUCCAAUACAUGGCUCGAGCAGUUUGAGAGCUGGAUACUGCGCUCACAUACAGUACAUAAACUACGCCCGGUUCGUCCACGUAAUCUCGGCUUACGGCCAUUACGGCUGGCUACAGGGGCCUUGGCGGUUCAACCACAUCCUGAAGCCCCACGAGCGCCUUAACUAAGCUCCCACAGCGUGGGGCCACUAUGGCUGUCUACA